CUAAAAGCAAACCUGACUUGAAAUUCUACCGCAUUUAUAUUGUACCAUUUUGCCGUGGAUCCCCUCGCUUGCAAUGACGAUGGGUUUGGUGGCCGUAACACAAAUAUAACUAAACCACGUGUCGUGAAAACCAUGGGUGUAGUUGGAGGUGGUGGUUGGUAGAUGGAAACCAUACAUAAAUGGAAGUGGAAACACAAGUACAGACAUUUGCCUUGUCUCUCUACCAGACCAGUGACUUGGGUUGCUAUCAACAACUCCAUUGUUAACUUUGUUAGAUUAUAACCCACAAGUUAACCAUUCGUUGAAAUGGUACAGGAAGUUGUAAAUACAGAUGAGGUAAAUCUUCUUAUGCAUUUAUAAUUGAAUGAAUCGACCGAACGCAGUGGCAUUCUAGGAUUUAUAUAGCCGACCCCAUUUAGUGAAUAAGGCUUUGCUGCUGCUGUUGUUGUUGUUGUUGUUUGUACUUCUGCUGAAAUUACUGUUUGUGAAUUACUUGAUGGGUGUUUGCGUGAGUGAUGUUUAAGUUUCUUGUUGGAGAAGAAAUAGAGCAUGUGAGGUUGAUCACUUUGAACAGGCCUCGUCAGUUGAAUGUCAUCUCAUCAAAAGUGAGGAUUCUUGCCUUGAAGUUGUUUACAGAAUGUAUUGGCUCUGCUACCACAUUCAUACUUACAAGAAAACCCAGGUGGCUCUGGUUCAUGGAAUUUCAAUGGGUGGAGGCAGAUCUUUGAUGGUCCCAAUGAAGUUCUCAGUACUCACAGAAAAAACUCUGAGGGAGUUCUUGGCCCUAACAGGAGCAAGGCUGAAUGGUAAGGAAUUGGUUGCAGCUGGACAAGCAACCCAUUUUUUCCCUCUUGAGAAAAUCUCUGAUCUAGAGAAGCGUUUGAUAAGCUUAAACUCUGGAAAUGAGAAUGCAGUCAAAGCUGUGAUUGAAGAAUUUUCUGUGGCAGUCAAGCCUGAUGAAGAAAGUGUUUUAAACAAGAAGUCAGUAAUUGAUGGGUGCUUCUCCAAAGAUACAGUGGCUGAGAUUAUACAAUCCCUUGAAGCAGAAGCAAACAAAGAAGGAAAUGGAUGGAUAGGUCCAGUUCUUAAGGGCUUAAAGAGGUCAUCGCCUACAGGAUUGAGAAUAACUCUAAGAUCGAUUCGCGAAGGCAGGAAGCAAACAUUGUCUGAAUCUCUGACGAAGGAAUUUGGAUUCACAAUCAAUAUAUUAAGAUCCACAAUUUCUGAGGAUGUUUAUGAGGGUAUUAGAGCUCUCACCAUUGACAAGGAUAAUGCUCCCAAGUGGAACCCGCUGUCUCUUGACAAUGUGGGUGAUGAGAAGGUCGACCUGGUCUUUCAGCCGUUCGCAGAAGAUUUGGAGCUCGAGAUUAAAGAAGGGAAAGCAAACAGGUGGGACGGCAAAUAUGAGAAUGCAGCUUAUGCCUCCUUCAAGGUGACUGAGAAACAAGAUACAUUUCUGGUCAGGGUUCAGGGCUGAGCUUCUUCCUCGAAGUUUUUGCUUUCGUCAUUAGCACAAGUAUCGUGUUACAUUCCUUCAAGCUUGUUUUCUGAGUUGUUUGCCUUGAUGGAUACCGUUGUAAUGAACUUCGGACUAUCGAUUAUCAAUGUAUGCAAUCAUUUACUUCCAA